CCGGGUGUCUCUGGAGCUGAUAGAGCCGCGCGUGCCUCCGGCUACCAGGAUAAACAGGGUUAGGCUGAUCCAUAUAAUCCCAGAGGUAAAAGUUCAGGGCAGCGUUUUGUUCACUCAGCACGUACGCCACGGGGAUCGGCUGCGUGUCUGUGUUCCCGCACGGUGCCCGGGACGGCUCCUUACCCCGCUGUCGAGGCUGUAGCGACAGCCGCUCCCGGAAAAGCAGAGCAGACGGCCGGGAGCCAGCCGGCUCCUGGCUUCCUUCCCCUGUAGCCGUGGGAGGAGUGACGGAGGGGGAGGCUCCGCUUACGGCCGCUGCGCACCACAAAGCCAGGCCGCGGUCCGGCCCCACGGCUCGGGGCAACCCGGCAGAGACCCCCGAGGGGCUCCCCGCCUGCCGCCCGCCUUCCCGGGGCUGCUGCUCCCCCAGCCGCAGGGCCAAAAGUCUGCACAGUUGCACCUCCCAGCCCCACUUUCCCAUGCUGUCCCCAGGCAGAGAUCCAGUGGUGAAGUCCAACAUGGCAAAGAGGGUGGCCAUCAUCGGCGGGGGCAGCAGCGGGCUGUGUGCCAUCAAAGCCUGCCUGCAGGAGGGGCUGGAGCCCGUCUGCUUCGAGAGGAGCCGGGACAUCGGAGGCCUCUGGAGGUUUGAGGAGAACCCCGAGGACGGCCGUGCCAGCAUCUACCGCUCUGUCAUCAUCAACACCUCCAAGGAGAUGAUGUGCUUCAGCGACUUCCCCAUCCCCGAGGACUUCCCCAACUACAUGCACAACUCCAAGAUCAUGGAGUACUUCCGCAUGUACGCCCAGCGCUUCGACCUGCUCCGCCACAUCCGCUUCAGGACCAGCGUGUGCCGCGUGUCCAAGCGCCCUGACUUUGCCACCACGGGCCAGUGGGAGGUGGUGACGGAGAGCGAGGGGAAGCAGGAGGCUGCUGUCUUUGACGCCGUGCUGGUGUGUACAGGGCACCACACCGAUGCACAUCUCCCACUGAACACCUUCCCAGGAAUCGAGAAGUUCAACGGCCACUACCUCCACAGCCGAGACUACAAGGACCCUCAGGAUUUCAGGGACAAGAGGGUCGUUGUUAUCGGGAUUGGGAAUUCAGGGUCAGACCUGGCUGUGGAGAUCAGCCAAAUGGCCAAGCAGGUCUUCCUCAGCACCCGCCGGGGUGCAUGGAUCCUCAACCGCGUUGGAGAUCAGGGCUACCCCAUUGACACCAUCUUAACCACCCGCAUGAAGGUAUUCCUGCAGGAGCUGCUCAGCCCGUCCCUGGCGUGUGACUACAUGGAGAAGAAGCUGAACGCCAGGUUUGACCACACGCAUUACGGCCUGAAGCCAAAGCACAGGGUCCUUCACCAGCAUCCAACCAUCAACGAUGACCUGCCCAACCGCAUCAUUUCAGGCAGGGUGCGGGUGAAGCCAAAUAUCCAGGAGUUCACGGAGACAUCUGCCAUCUUCGAGGAUGGCACCAGGGAAGACAUUGAUGUCGUAGUUUUUGCCACAGGAUACAGCUUCUCCUUCCCAUUCCUUGAGGGCUUUGUGAAGGUGGUGGAGAACCAGAUCCCCCUCUACAAAUUCAUGUUCCCCCCUGACCUGGAGAAGCCAACGCUGGCUUUCAUCGGCUUCAUCCAGCCCCUGGGUGCCAUCAUGCCCAUCUCCGAGCUCCAGUGUCGCUGGGCCACUCGCAUCUUCAAGGGUCUGAACGAGCUGCCCCCGCGGCACGACAUGGAGGCUGACAUCAAACAGAAGAAAGAAGCGAUGGCAAAGCGGUACGUGAAGAGCCAGCGGCACACCAUCCAGGUGGAUUACAUCCCCUACAUGGACGAGCUUGCCUGCCAGCUGGGGGUCAAGCCCAACCUGCUCACCCUCUUCCUCACGGACCCCAAGCUGGCUCUGGAGGUGGCCUUCGGUCCCUGCACGCCGUACCAGUACCGGCUGCGGGGCCCAGGUGCGUGGGCGGGUGCCAGGGAGGCCAUCCUGACCCAGCAGCAGCGCAUCAUCAAGCCCCUGCAGACGCGGCACGUGGAGGAACGUCCCUCGGCCCUCGCUGUGCCCCUCAUCUUCAAGGUGGUCGGGGCCGUGGCCAUCCUCGCUGCUGUUUUUGCUUACUUUUAGGUGCCCUGCAAGCAUGAGAGGGCACGGUUUGCAAUGUGCCAAGGGGCUGGCCGGCCACCCCUGCCCCAUAGCAGUCUGUGCACCCCAGUGCUGGCAGAAACCCCUGCCUAGUACGGCCCCACUGUGACCACACCAUGAACUCGGGAUGCACAGAACCUCCCCAGCUGCCAAAAUAAAGAUUGGACCCCUGUGCUGUGCCUCUCUCUGUGGAGCUGCUGCCAGGGACAGAGAAAGAAA